AUGAAGCUUAAGGAAGAGAUCGAUCGACUCAUCAGAGACACAAUCGAUAAAGUGCUUGUGCUACGAUUCGGCCGUUGCUCCGAAACAGAUUGUCUUCAGCUUGAUCGCAUUCUUGAUUCAUCGGCGAGAGAUGUCUCGAAAUUCGCGACGGUAGCUUUGGUGGACAUUGAUUCAGAGGAAGUUCAAGUUUACGUGAAGUACUUCGACAUCACUUUUCUCCCUUCGACUGUCUUCUUCUUCAACGCGCAUCACAUGAAACUUGAUUCUGGAACUGCGGAUCAUACCAAGUGGGUCGGUAAAUUCCACGAAAAGCAAGACUUCAUUGAUGUUGUUGAGGUAAUUUUCAGAGGAGCCAUGAAAGGGAAGAUGAUUGUUCAUUGCCCAGUUCCACCAGAGAGAAUACCAAAAUACCAACUCUUAUACAAGGAUGUGUAA